UGUGGGAGCGCAGCGCCUCCCCUGCCGGGGGAAGGAAGGUCGGGCCGGGCCGGCCGGCGCGCCUCCCUUCCUACGCAGAGCGCCUCGACGGCCCAGGCCAGAUGGAGAAGGUGGCGGCGGCGGCGGAGGAGGAGGAGGCAGCAGCGCGCCAGACCCGGCCGAUCAUCCGCCCCCAGCAGCAGCAGCAGCCCGGAGGUGCGUUGCUUCAGACAACCAUGAUCCUGACCGUUAUUGAAGAUUGGGAUGGUGGACCACAUGACCCAAGGACCCCCUGAGCUAGACUGGGUUCUCCAGGUGGCCUCUCUGUUCCUUCCGCUCCCAAUGGACGUAUCCUGGCUGCAGUCCGGUCCCAUGUCGUCCCAUUCGGAUAUUCCCGGGCAAGCACCAGUGUAACCAGUUCAAGAGGGAAGGAGUGUCUCAAAGCCAUGGGGAGUUUCUUCAAGGACUACUUCAACUCCUGCAAAAUCCUGGAACACUACAACUACACCAAGGACAAGCUGGAGAAAGACAAGGACCCCUCGCUUGGGCCCGUCACGGUUGUCAUCAUUGUCUUCUGCUGCUUUAUCAUCCUGGAGAACCUGUUGGUGCUCGUGUCCGUCUGGAGGAACAAGAAGUUCCACUCGGCCAUGUACAUCUUCAUCGGCAACCUGGCCUUCUCUGACAGCCUUUUGGCCGGGCGACCGCCUCUUCACCCUCAUCUUGCUCUCCAUGGAACAGCCACUCAUAUAGUCGGGAUCCUACCGCAUUUGUCCGUUCCAGCCGCACGCCCGAGGAGAUUGCCGUGCUCCCCAGGCGACAUGGCUUCUUUGCUCAGGACCGUGACCUUUGUCCUGGGGGCCUUCAUCAUUUGUUGGCUGCCGGCCUUCAUCGUCCUCUUGAUAGACGCUUUGUGUCCCAGGAAGACGUGCACCAUCCUUUACCAGGCAAAGUAUUUCUUUGCUUUCGCCACCCUCAACUCCGCUAUAAACCCCCUCAUCUAUACCCUCCGCAGCAAGGACAUGAGAAAGGAGUUCUUGAGGGUUCUCUGCUGUUGGGGGAUGAUGGGCCAGGGGAAACCCGCGGAGCGGUGCAUGAUUCCCCUGCGCAGCUCCAGCUCUUUGGACCGGUGCACCCAAAAACAGGACCUGACCACUUCACCUUUUAUGAAGGAGCGUUCCACUUUUGUUUGAAGAGACCCAAAGAGAGGGAUCACGGGGGGCGGGGAGACCCCCUGAAGGGUUUCGGUAGACCCCAAGAGAGCAGUACGAAAAGAGAUGUGGUACACGGCGUGAAAACAUUGUCCCGGCGGCCUGAUCCACCUGCCACGGACAGGCAAGGUGUCCAUUCGGCCACCGGACCUGCACAGUAUUAUAAGUUUCUGUUUUUAAAAGUGUGGGCGGGGUAAGACUGUGUUGGAAGCGUGACAGGUUUGGGGAAUGGGUGGGGACAGAGCUAUCAACGUCUGGCUUGGUACGAUUUUGCUUCCUACAAGGGGGCCCGGGCGGCCCGUAGACCCACAUUUUCUCCAUCCCGCAUCCCAGAGCGGGCUCGCGUGUUCCCAUCUUCCUGUCUCAUUCACUCCCCCUUCCUUUUCUUUCUCUUAUGGGGUAGCAGCGAUUAGUUGUUCCAAUCUGCUUGGCGCUUUGUGGCUGCCACGUCCGCACUUCGGGCCUUGGUUCUGAGGUGGGUGUUAGUGGCGCCUUGAGGGUGUAAAGAGGACAAGGCCUGCACGAAACCUCUUAGCUCCCUAAGCGAACGGUUGCUUUGGCGUCCCCAUUCAAGAGAGAGGAAUAACAAGAAACCUGGAAUGAAUGUUUUACUGACUGGGCAUUCAAAACAAGCAAUGUAUAAACCAAAACAGAUUGUAAUAAAGGCAGCCGUCACAUUGCAGCAGACUAAUGGCACCUUGCGGGGGGGUAGAAAGCUUGAGCAGGCGUGUGGUUUGCGGUGACUUUGCCUCUCAUUAACAACCCUGGAGGACUCCCAGCCAAAUGCUAACCAGGGUUGACCCUGCUUAGUUUCUGAGAUCUGAUGAGAUUGGGCUAUGUUGGCAGCGGCUGAUGGGAAUUGUAGUCCAUGAACAUCUGGAGAGCUGCAGGUUGCAGAAUCCUGGCCUAGGCCAUCUAGUUCAGGGCAGAGACAAACUGAGGUGUUUUGCUGUCGCUUUCCUCUGUGCAGCGCCCUUAGACUGACUGAGUCGUCUCCCACCCAAGUACUAACUAGGGCAGUGGUGGCGAACCUUUUUGAGACCGAGUGCCCAAAUUGCAACCCAAACCCCACUUAUUUAUCGCAAAGUGCCAACCCAGCAAUUU